AUGGAGUGCAAGGCACAAAAGGAGCUGAUUGUGUUGCCAGUGUUUUACAAAAUGGAAUCAAGAGAAGUGAGAUGGGCGAUAAAGGGUUAUGGGAGAGCUAUGGCUAAGCAUGAGUCCAAUUCUGAGAAGGAUCAAAAGGCAGUGGAGACAUGGAAGAAGGCUCUCUUCAAUGCCAAUAACUUGUCUGGUUGGGUUUGCAAUGAUGGAGGUACAGACGUCCGGAACAACUUCCUCCGUGAUCUCUAUGGAGCUCUGAAUCAGAAAGGGAUAUACACUUUUGUGGAUAGCGAGGAGCUCAGGAAAGGAGAGCAAAUAUCGCCGACACUUAUGAGCGUGAUCGAGGAAUCACGUGUCGCGAUCAUCAUUUUUUCCGAGGACUACGCUUUCUCGAGGUGGUGUUUGAAAGAGUUGGCGAAGAUCAUGGAGUGCAAGGCACGAAAGGAGCUGAUUGUGUUGCCAGUGUUUUACAAAGUAGAACCAAGAGAAGUGAGACGGGCGAUAAAGGGUUAUGGGAGAGCUAUGGCUAAGCAUGAGUCCGAUUCCGAGAAUGAUCUAAAGGCAGUGGAGAUAUGGAAGAAGGCUCUCUUCGAUGCCGGUAACUUGUCUGGGUGGGUUUGCAAUGAUGGAGAACCUACAGCUGAAAAACUGAUAGAUAUUGUUAAAUCGGCCUUUUUAAUUGCAUAUACAAAGCGGAGAUAUGCUAGACGAGAUGAAGCAGAGGUCAUACAAAGCAUCGUAAGGGAAUUACCAAUUCAUCUAGAGCGUACACCCUUGGAUGUUGCUAAGUAUCCGGUUGGAAUAGAGUCCCUAGUUGAAGAACUAAAAUCAAUGUCACAAAAAGAGUUGGAUGGUGAUGAUGUUCUCAUGAUAGGUAUAUGGGGACCUGGAGGCAUAGGGAAGACGACAAUCGCUAAAGCGAUAUAUAAUGCUAUUGAAGGACAGUUUCGGGGAGCUAUAUUUUUGGAGCGAGUUAGAGAAACUUCAAACAAUUGCGAUGGUCUAGUUGAGUUGCAAAGAAGACUUCUUUCUCAAAUCUUUCCUCCUAAACAUGUAAUGGUCCGUAGUGUCGCUGAAGGAAUUAGUUUGAUAAAGCUGGAGGAGGCAAUUGGUUUGGCAAAGGAAGUAGAAUCUUUGUAA